AUUGCCAGCAGCAUCCCCACAGUUGAACCUCCCCUCCCUCCCCAAUUCUCCCCGCCCCCUGAACCCAAACAAACCCUAGCUUACCAUCCCGAUCCCACAGAACCCACCUCGCCAUGGACGACUCUAGCGACGGCGGAGCCACCGCCGGAGGCACUAAGAAGAAGCCUUCUGCGGCGGCCGCCAAGGGGAAGGCGACGGGAAAAGGGAAGGCCACCUCCAAGGCGGCGCCCAAGGCCAAGGAGAGCAGCCUCCUCAAGCAGAAAUCGCCCGCAGAGUUCUUCGCGGAAAACAAGAACAUCGCUGGUUUUGACAAUCCUGGAAAAUCUUUGUACACCACAAUGCGGGAGUUAGUUGAGAAUGCUCUUGAUUCAGCCGAGUCCAUCUCCGAGCUCCCCGAUAUAGAAAUUACUAUAGAAGAGAUCACUAAGAGCAAAUUCAACACAAUGAUAGGACUAGUUGAUCGAGAACGCGUUGAUGAAGCACUCUAUGAUGAUUUUGAAUCAUCUAAGGCUCGUGAGAAACGCCUAGCUAAAGAAGCACGUUUCCAAGAAACACAAGCCAAAAAUGCUGCUCUAGGGAAGAAAGUUAAGGACACUCCAGCUGCUCGCGGAAAAGGUCGGGGCGAGGCUUCAUUUUUUAGAGUGACUUGCAAGGAUAAUGGCCGAGGUAUGCCGCAUGAAGAUAUCCCAAAUAUGUUUGGGAGAGUGCUAUCGGGAACAAAAUAUGGUUUGAGGCAGACGCGUGGAAAAUUUGGGCUUGGUGCUAAAAUGGCACUUAUUUGGUCAAAGAUGAGUACGGGCCUUCCUAUUGAUAUUAAGUCAUCGAUGAAAGGCCAAGAUUAUAUCACGUUCUGUCGACUUGACAUAGAUAUUCAUAAAAAUGUCCCUCACAUUCAUUUACAUGAGAAACGUGAGAACAAUGAUCACUGGCAUGGGGCAGAGAUUCAAGUUAUUAUUGAGGGAAAUUGGACAACUCAUCGUUCAAGGAUACUACAUUACAUGCGACAGAUGGCUGUCAUUACUCCAUAUGCUCAAUUCCUAUUUAGAUUUCUCUCAGAUGCAGCAGAAAAAAAUUUGACGAUAAAAUUUACGAGAAGGACAGAUGUUAUGCCUCCUGUCCCACUUUUGACAAAGCAUCAUCCAUCUGCUGUCGAUUUGCUGCUGAUAAAGCGCUUAAUUACAGACACUACAAAGCCAAAUCUUUUGCAGUUUCUGCAACAUGAAUUUGUGAAUAUAAGCAAAGCACAUGCUGACCGUUUAAUUGGGGAAAUGGGACCUGAUUUUAGUGCAAAAACGACAGUCAACAGCCUUACAUCACAACAGUUAGUACGAAUACAUCAGUUGUUUCGGCAGGCUAAGUUUGAUGAUCCCAGUGGGAAUUGUCUUAGUCCUGCAGGUGAAUACAAUUUACGUCUAGGUAUCAUAAAAGAGCUGCACCCUGAUUUGGUUGCAACACAUGCAAGCAGCCCUCAGGUUUUUGAAGGGCAUCCAUUUAUUGUUGAAGCCGGAGUGAGCAUUGGUGGAAAAGAUGUUAAACAAGGUCUAAAUAUUUUUAGGUUUGCAAACCGCAUACCACUUCUUUUUGAACAAGGUGCUGAUGUCAUCACAAGAACUGCCCUAAAAAGGAUCAAUUGGAGCAUCUACAAAAUUAAUCAGCAGCAGGACAAGAUUGGUGUCUUCGUGAGCAUUGUCAGUACAAAGAUACCUUUUAAAGGAACUGGAAAAGAGUAUAUUGGGGAUGAUAUAACCGAGAUAGCAGAUGCUGUUAAGUCAGCCCUUAAGCAGUGCUGUAUCCAACUGAAGUCAAAGAUAGUGAAGAAACUUCAGGCUCGUGAACAGCAGGACAGGAAAAGGAACCUGAACAAAUACAUUCCUGAUGUGGCGAGAACAAUUAUGGAGACUCUGGGAGAACUUGCAGACGAGUCUCCCCCCAAGAGGCCACGGUUUGACAAGGAAGACGAGGAACUCCUCGAGAAAAUAAAUUCGGAGGAAGUGACAGAAAUGACUUUUAGAGAUUGCUUAACGCAGCAUGUUGAACAGGUUGACUAUGAAAUGGCACUGGAGUAUGCCAUGCAGAGCGGCGUGAGCGAAGAGCCCCGCGAAGCAAUCUAUCUGAACUCACUCGAAGGAUCUUACAAGUUCGUUGACUUCCAGAGCCCUGCUUUCGUGUUUAGGUUCAUCCCGUGAGAGGACGCAAUCGACACGCCCCCUUCCGUUCUCAGGUUGGUCGACAAUAAUGUGUUCCCAUGGAACGGCGCCAUACACAAUUGUGUUUACAUUUUCCCCCAUUGUUUCCGGGAUGAUUUGUUAGGCUGUUCUAGCUCGCAGCUGAGUGUAGAGAGCAUAAACAUCGCAAGUGGUUUUAGGGAAGCCGCUGUAAUUGAGGGUGUAACUUUUUUUUGUGUGUGAAAACAUUCCGGAUUGUAAUUGUAUGUUGCAUUUGUCGAGGAACAAGCAUGUAAAAGUACAUUGGAAAGAUUCUGAAGUGAUUAGUAUGUAAAAGGACAUUGGAAA